AUGUCACACCCCUUCUCCAAUGCAGACCAUUCCAGACCACGCCAGCAGGCCCAGAAUCCUUGGAACAACGGCCUUGCAGUCCCCACCAGCGGCAACUCUUUCCAACACAACGGCUCCAAUCAUCUCGGCCAUCAGCCACAGCGUGGUCAGAAUAGUCACUUUGAACAGCGCCCGCGACACCAUCCCGGCAUGUCACAGGGACAUCGCAGACAGCCUUUGACGCAAGAGGAGCUCAUCGGCCAGUCUAUGCUUCUCGAAAAGUUAUGUUUUGAAACAUUGGCUAGCUCCGAAAUCGAUAGGUCGGCAAUUUUGGAGAAACACAACUUUCGUCACCGUAUCGAGGCCAUCUGCCGUCACGUCGUCACAGAACAUGAGUGGAACACAAAUGCCAACCAGGAUUUCCCACCGCCAUCCGUGGAACUUAAGUGCUUCGGUAGCUUAACAUCCGGGUUCGCAACUAAAACUUCCGAUAUGGACCUUGGGCUGCUUUCCCCCCUUUCAAUACUUCAGCCAGACGCUCCUGGGUCUCCAAUCCCCCGGCUCAUUGAGAAAGCAUUCUUGGAUGCUGGCAUUGGGGCUCGUCUCCUCAGCCGAACCCGAGUCCCAAUUAUCAAGUUAUGCGAAUCUCCACCAGAGAGCUUGCUAAAAGGCCUUCUCGCCCAGCGAGAAAAAUGGGAGACCGGGCUGGAUCAAGAGAGUAAUGACUCUCAUGACGAAGACGAGCGACAUGGUGAGCAGAUAGUCGGAGCAAAAGACGAGGAAUCCAAGCAUCAAUCCGGCGAAGCCCCCAACACCCUUGAUCUCACCUCAUUUCAGGUUCCGGAUGAACAGGGACAGUUGCACGAAUUUCAUCUGCGGCAAACACCCAAGCACAAUCUCGCUGGCUACUAUGGGUUGGCAAAACGCGUGUUGCGUAAGGCAGGCGGGCGAGAUAUCACUUUGUCUAACAUGCGAGAAUUCUCGCCUUACGAUUGGACAGUCUUGAAUCUCGUUUGUCAAGCCUUCGUUCACGGCCUUGCAGACGCAUCUUUGCGCAAAACUUUGUCCAGGUAUCCAUCUCUUGCGUUCGAGCUUGAUUCUGAGUUUCCGCAUAACCGUUCGCUACUUGGUGUUUCUGUCCAAGUUGAGGGUGAACAGAUUAUGCACCUAUGGCAAAACUGGUCUCUCGCCGGCGAUCUCGUGCAAAUUGACCCUUCUAUCGAGAGCAAUAUUGAUUCAUGGUACAAGCUACAGCGUGAGCAGAACUUUGGCCAGGAUCCUGUUUGGUACUCAAAGGAGCUCCAACUUGCUUUGGAAAGGCUAAAAAAGCUGCCGUCAUUUCAGCUUUUACUGCUCGAGCAGGGCCAACAAGAAUCUGUGUCACAGUACUACCAACGAACGUCAACUAUCACUAGGCAUCUUAAGAUGUCCCUCAAAGACAGUCCCCACAGGCUUGACUGCGAAACCAUCAAUAAGUAUAUUGCCGGCAUUUGCUACGACGAUGUCCGCAACGAUGUCAAGUCAUGGUGGUCAACUGCCGACAUUGGGGAGCUGGCUAUCGUUAGCCACAAGCACAAAUGCUUGCACCUGGCUGGAGAAUUGUCGAGAGCUCUGAAUAAGCAGCUCUACGACGAUGUUGUUACGAAAGAUGUGGCCCGCUACAUCGAACUUCUGCGACGGCCACUUCAACAAGGUGUAGCGCAGCCUGCGAAAGGUGGAAAAAGCCCGUUCAUUAUUCCAAUUCGCGAUGAGGAAACGCUACAGCUGGUCGCCAAGAUGAAAACACUGCCAGAUCCUCACAAAAUGGCGCCAAAUCAACCACGCGACAGGUACCGCGAUCCUCUCGAGUUUCCCAAAGACGGCGCCGGGGUUCAGUGCGAUAUAAACUUUGCUGCGCAACUCGCCUUGGAGAACACGGCUCUGCUUCGGUGUUAUUCCUGGACAGAUCCGCGAGUUCGACAGAUGGUCCUGUUCAUCAAACACUGGGCCAAGGUCCGCGGCAUCAAUUCUGGAUAUAGGGGCACACUAUCUAGUUACGGUUACGUAUUGAUGGUUCUCCACUACCUUGUCAACAUUGCAACACCAUUUGUUUGCCCAAACCUGCAACAAGUAGGCCCUCCAGAAGAGCCAAUUAUUUGCAAGGGCUACAAUGUUAAAUUUUGGCGCGACGAAAUGGCCAUCAAGCAACUAGGCGACAACAACCAGAUCAACCAAAAUGGGCAAAGCACUGGAUUUCUCUUACGUGGAUUCUUUGAGUACUACGCGCAGAACGGACCAAUGAGCACUGUGCCUGGGCGAGGAUUCGACUGGGGUCGAGAUGUUUUGAGCCUGCGAUCCCCUGGUGGCCUUUUGUCAAAGCAAGAAAAGGGUUGGACUGGUGCAAGAACGGUUUAUCAAGCGCAAGAACCAGACGAAACAUCGACGAAGCCUCCAGUAACCGCCGCCGACGGUUCCCAGGGCGGCACAGUUCCCGAGCACACAGGGGCAGCCCCGAGGAGCGCAGCUGUCAAAGAGAUUCGACUGCGAUAUCUCUUUGCAAUCGAAGACCCCUUUGAACUUGAUCAUAAUGUCGCGCGCACUGUUACACACAAUGGUAUUGUGUCUAUUCGAGACGAAUUUCGAAGGGCCUGGAGAAUCAUUCAGGCAGCAGGCCAAGGACUUGCUCACGACGACCUACUGCGAGACGUGAAUCAGGCCGAGGAAGGUGUAAAUCAAUUUGUCAAGGUUAUUGACGAAAUUCAUGGCUUGGAGACUUCAUGA